AUGACUCAAAAGAGAAGAAAUUGCGGACGUAACAAGCACGGCCGUGGCCACGUCAAGUUUGUUCGCUGCAUUAACUGUAGCCGUGCCGUCCCUAAGGACAAGGCUAUCAAGCGCUGGACUAUCCGUAACAUGGUUGAAACUGCCGCCAUUCGUGAUAUGUCCGAAGCUUCCGUCUACAGCGAGUACACAAUUCCCAAGUUGUACAUCAAGUUGCAAUACUGUGUCUCUUGCGCUAUUCACUCUCGUGUUGUUCGUGUUCGCUCUCGUGACGGCCGUCGUACCCGUACUCCUCCUCCUCGUGUGCGUUACAACCGUGACGGUAAGAGAGUCAACCCUGCUGCCCUUGCCAAGACUGUCCUCUAA